AUUCUUUAUAUCUACAGAAAUCCUAAAGAUGUUUUGGUUUCCUUUUUUCGUUUUUCAAAUUGUGUGGCUAUCUUAAAGAAUUCUGAUACUUUUGAGAAUUAUAUAAAAAUGUUUCUAGAUGGAAAAGUGGUGGGAAGUCGUUGGUUUGAUCACAUAAAACGCUGGUAUGAACACAGACAUGAUUUCAAUAUUCAGUCCAUGAGCUAUGAAGAUAUGAAAAAGGACCUCAGAAGUGCAGUGCUGAAAAUCUGUAGAUUUCUUGAGAAAGAACUUAGUGAAGAAGUUGUGGAUACUGUUGUGAAACAGGCUACCUUUCAGAACAUGAAGACUAAUCCACAAGCAAAUUAUAAUGAUAUUGUAAAACAGGAAAUGGGAGUGAGAAACACUGAAGGAAAUUUUCUGCGCAAAGGUACUAUUCAGUAG